ACUAAUUUUGUUUAUAACUGCUUAUGCCCAUAUGUACCAAGGACAGUUCUCUACGGAGUUUUUGGGAUCUUUGUCAGACGAGCUUAGUCUUCUGUUAACCACUGAGGGGUCAAGUUUUACGUCAGUCGCCUUAAACUGUAUUUACAAAUGUAACGGUGACGGCCGAUGCAUUGGAUUGGAGAUCUGUAAAAUUCGAGAGGAUCUGUAUCAAUGUAGAGCAUGCUGCUUCUGGAUGAAACUCGGGAAGGAAAACUCAAAUAAAAAUCUCACUAACUGCAGAUAUCUAAGGAAGUUUGAAAAAGAAAGCACUAAUGUUGCUGUGAACAAACCAGCUAAUAUGAGUUCUGCAUUCAAACCAGCCUACCAGCGCGCUUCCAAUGCUGUUGACAAUAUCACUGUAUGUCCAAACGGACUAUCAACUGCUCAUACAGAUUUCGAAAACCGUCCGUGGAUAAAGAUAGACCUACAGAACACGUUUGAUGUUGCUAAAGUCCUUGUGUACAAUAGGCAAGAUUUGCACGGGGGAUACCUACACAGUCUUCUGAUAACUGUUGCUGAGAAUGCAGAUGAAAGCGACUGCGGCUAUUAUCCGGGACCUGCUGUCAACGGGGACCGCGUUCUUGUUCUUUGUCCUUCCGAUACACGAGGAAACUUCGUAACUCUCCAGAUUCAAAGCGGUACAAAUAAUAUGUUGCAAGUAUGUGAAGUACAAGUUUUUGUGAAUGUGUGAGAAAGAAGAAACACGAAGAAAAUAAAAUGUGCU